AUGAACAGCAGCCUGGGCUGCCUCAACACGUCCGCCCUGGUACCCGAGCCCCUGACCCCGGACCGCCCGGCCUGGGUAGCCACCACCCUGGCCAGUUUGCUGAUCUUCACCAUCGCGGGGGAUAUCCUCGGGAACCUCCUGGUCAUCCUCUCCGUCUACAGGAACAAGAAGCUGAGAAACGCCGGAAAUAUAUUUGUGGUCAGCCUGGCGGUUGCAGAUCUAGUUGUGGCAAUCUACCCAUACCCAAUGGUCUUGACAUCAAUAUUUCAUAACGGCUGGAAUUUGGGCUACAUGCACUGCCAAAUCAGCGGUUUCCUGAUGGGUCUGAGCGUGAUCGGAUCAAUUUUCAAUAUCACCGGCAUAGCCAUCAAUCGAUAUUGUUACAUCUGCCACAGCCUCAAAUAUGACAAGUUUUACAGUGACAAGAACUCCCUGUGCUUCGUGAUCCUCAUCUGGGCCCUGACGUUUAUAGCCAUUGUCCCAAAUUUGUUUGUAGAAUCACUGCAGUAUGACCCAAGAAUCUACUCCUGCACAUUUGUGCAGUCCGUGAGCUCUGCUUACACUAUCUCAGUGGUAUUCUUUCAUUUCAUCCUGCCCAUUGGCAUCGUCACCUUCUGCUACUUGAGGAUAUGGAUCCUCGUAAUACAAGUCAGAAGACGGGUGAAGCCAGACACAAGGCCUAAAAUCAAGCCUCAUGAUUUACGGAACUUUGUGACAAUGUUUGUGGUGUUUGUGCUCUUUGCAGUCUGUUGGGCUCCUCUUAACUUUAUUGGUCUAGCUGUGGCUGUCAAUCCAGACACCAUUGCCCCAAGGAUUCCAGAAUGGCUAUUUGUAGCCAGUUACUUCAUGGCAUACUUCAACAGCUGCCUUAAUGCGAUCAUCUAUGGACUUUUGAACCAGAAUUUCAGGAGAGAGUACAAACGAAUUAUAAUCUCAGUGUGCACCGCAAGGAUUUUCUUUCCAGAGAGUUCUAAUGAUGCACCCGACAGAAAUAAAAGCAAACCUUCUCCUCAAAUGACCAACAACAAUCAAGUGAAAGUGGAUUCUGUCUGAAUGAUUUAUGCAUUCACUCCAGU